ACGAGGACGUCACUCUGCUGAUAGCUAUUUCCGCAUCGUCCUGUUCUUGUCCUUGUACCUUUUUUGAGCAUGUUGCAUUUUUAGUGGACUUUUUUGUUUUACUUUCCCCGUGACGGGCAUCCAUGGGCGUCAGCUACGGCACGGGGAACGAAUCCGGAUGAUACACUGCAUACACCUCCAUUUCCUUGGAUUGUCUAUUCUUGCAUUCUACGCGGCUCCGCUCCAACCACACGGCACAUUUUCUUUCCUUUUCUCUCGGCCAUUAGCUCCACAUUCCGGAUCCUGCUGCGAAAUAGAUGGAAGGCUGGGAACAAAAAGCCACCGGGCAUUUUGGUGUUUGGGGGCCUUCCGGUGCUGUACAAUGAUGACGGAACAUUUGGAAUGGUUGGGCGUCGCCCAAUACAAGGGGCUUGGGUUUGGCGCGUAUGGCAAGAAAGGGUCUUUCCAUGGCAUUUUUGGGAGAUUGGGUUCUAUUUUGCUUUUGCGGUCGAGAUUCCAUGGGGCCCAUUGUAAUACUGGACCGAAUUGACCGGUGCGGGCAUCGGUCGAUCAUUCAAGCGCUGGGAAUAUGUAAUGAUAAAUGCAGAUGACGGAGUUUAGGAGGCUGGUCAAAGGAGGCGCUGACUAGCAUGGAUGGGUGUGGGGAGCAAGCAGCCUUUCACAGCCUCGCCGACUCCAGUUAUUGGCUC